AAAGCAUAAUCUUGCCGAGAUUAGAAUUCGCUAGAUUGGCCUUUAAGGUGUGUUAAACGAAGACCUUCAAUCUAACACCCAAGCCUAAGUAACAGAGAAGUCAACUAGAACACGCAGAGACAUUUUGAAAGGUAAGACGAAUAACUGAUCAUAAAGAAUGAAUUUCGUUCGAAUAUGAAAUAUUUUGAAGGGUUAAUUUACUACCUUCCACAAGAAAAAAUUCAGCCCUUAAGGCAGUAGAUACAAGGUUUUAGCAACCCUGUUUUUGAGCGAAAGAACGAAAGACUACCUUCUUAGUACCAAUGUCUAGUAAACAUCCGCUGCGAAGUUUAUUUAACUGCUUAAAUUUAUCUUUAAACACCAUUAAUGAGCUGAUUAUAGAGAUACAACUUACAUUUCAGCAAUGGGAAAUUUAGGAUUGCGCUUCCCUUUCAAGUCUUAGCGCACGCCGUGGUGACCAAAUCGAUGUUGCCUAAUACGUUAUAUCUGAUUCGCAGUUUAUUUAGCCGAUUUAAUUUGCGUUAUCAUCGGGCUAAUAGGUUGUAGAACAAAAGUAAAAGAGUAAAAAAAAAAGAGCAAAGAAACUGGCCUGGCACUUGCGAGUAUUUACAUUAAACACAAAAUUGUUGAAUAUUUGCUUCGCUCGAUUGUUUCGUUUAAACAAAGUUAUUGAGCUGUAUAUCCCUUCUUGGUUUGCAUCUGAAAUAAAUGUGAACUUCAUUUAGCUUUUGUUUCCACACCUUGCAUAAAACACAUUGUAAGGCGAAAGGAAAGAAAAAACUGCUUUUUCAUGUUCAAAAUUAACAUUCAAUCAUCACGACUUUUUCGAAAAAACUGGUAUUUUAGUUUCGUUAAAGCGAUACUGACCAAAACUAACGAAAUACUAAACCCAACAGCUCACAUAGAAAUCUUUUAAGAUUGUCAGCGUGGUUUAAUUCAUGCCGACACAAUUUUAACACCUUUGUCAAAAACUGAGAUAUCCACAAAUACUUAGCCUUUUACAAAUUUAUUUAUUUUAUUUUUUUUUUUCGCAAAAAAAGUGAACAUUAAUAUUAAAGUUAUAGUUCAGGAAAAGUCGGUGCCGCCGGUUACAUUUCCGGCAAUUAACAUUAGAAACAGUUACUGUUAUAAAUUGAAAUUUUUCCAGUUGUCAGGAAAUGUGCCAAACGAAUAGUCAGGAGCUAGCCUAACUAACGAAGUCAGAGUUCUGUUCAUGAGUGUUUUAAAGAGCGGAAGCUUUUCUGACUGACAUUAAUAACUUACAAUUCUAGUGUUUAGAAUACGAUAAUUUAUAUUUCGACUGCUUUAACUGUAUAGAGCUGAUUAAGACUGUGGUUCCGAAAAUCCUUGUAGUUAAAAAGUGAAUACAAAAAAAGGAAAAGAAAAAGGCACUUUUAAAAAUAUAAUUUAUUAAGGCAAAAUUUCAACCAAAGUUUCCACUUUUUCAAAAAUUUGAUUUAGGCUGAGGAGUUUAUUUGAGGAUCUGAGAGAUCUCCAAUAUUAUUGAAAUUUGUUAAUCCACGAAUAAAAAUUAAAAGAAAUUAAUACAGCAUAAGUUCUGAGGAUGUAAUAAAGAAUAUAGCGGCGAAACCCAAAUACUUCGUCGAAUGCUACAAGCGGCGUUACAGACAGUUUGAAAUUUUGUGAAAUUCAAAAAUAACAUUUGAAAAAUAUACUGACGACCGUUAAGUCUGCCAGUUCAAGGGAUGUUAGCUGGUAAAAAAAAAUAAUAAUAAAGCAGACACAGUUGUCAUCGGAUUAUGUUACAUAGCAACAAAAUUAAGACAGAAGUGAUAACAACAGCUGACAUAAAGCGAGGCAAUUUCUUCUAGGUUAAGUCACCACGAGUUAUUCAGGUGUUCAGAUACAUGUACAUACUGCCAUACACGAGAAUUUGUAUUACGAUCGAGGUUCACCAGUGUCGUAUAUUUUAAGAAAGCAUUUUUUUUUGUAACUGAGUUGAAUUUUAUCUCCCUUAGUAAGCUAAAAGUUAACAAAUCCAUUGACUGCUCUAUUCUUAAUUCACAGUUGCCUUUAUUGUUAUUAUAAUUAAUCCCUUUGGGUUUGUUUAAAGAAAAUGACUUCCUAUCCGCAUAUUAACGAAUUAUGUGCAAUUUUAAAAUCAGGUAUUAAAUUUUCAUCACCUGCCAAGAUCUCUUCGCAGUUUUUUCUUCAAAUAACAUAUUUUCUGCAUAUGCGACAAUAAAUAAAUAGAUGAAUGAAUAACGGCUAAGUAAAUAAAUAAAUGAAUGACUAAAACUGAAAACAGAAAGAAAUGUAGGAGCAGUAUCAAGGAUGAAUUAAAAAGCAAUUGCUCUUUAAAUGAUAAAUAAUGAAUAUAUUUUAAUGACUUCCACCUGGUUUAGGCAAUGUUUCAAUUCAAAUGCUAUGAUAAUAAUCAAACUAUAUCUAAUAACGCAGAAGUUAGAACUGGGUUCUAACUUUUAAGUCUGUGAGUAAAUAAGGUUAAGGUGGCUCGAUAGGGUUUUUCAGGGUCAAUACCUCCCAAAUUUGAGCAUAAACUACGUCGCCAUUAACAAAGACUAGGAAAAACUACCACCACAGCUGCAUUAGAUAGAGAUCACAAUUUGUUAUGAUCAGGGUGGCUUUGACAUCAGAGUUGUCAUAGCAACGAAAUGACGCCAUUACCUAUUUUGCUUGCAGCCAUAUUUAUCGGCAUUGGGAACUCUUCUUCCAAAAUCGUUCACGGGAACUUUUUCUCCAAUAGCCACCUCGAUGUUUGUGAAGUUUAAGCGAAAUAUAUUACAGGGUUAUCAAGAUAUUUUGGGAUGAAGGUUUUAUGGUUAGAAAUACGGUGAAAAGUGGACAAUUUUUAUGUUCAGCCGUUAUAUGUAGAAAGCGAGGCGCGCUUUUGAAAUGCAACUUCACCUCAUAGUAGUUUCAACCAUUUUAAAAACAUGUGUGAAAGAUCUUUAUCUAAUACAGCUGGGGUGGUAAUUUUUCUACAUCUUUGUUAAUGGCGACAUAGUUUGUGCUCAAACUUGGUAUUGACCUUGAAAAACCCUAUCGAGCUACUCUGCGAGCUACCCUAACUGAACUUUGCUUUUCUGUGGUACUGUUUAGUUUUCGGUACCAGGUGGUAUUCUUGGUUUGCAACCACGUGACAUGGCGGCCCUGUUGCUGGUCAAUACAAUAAAGUUCCCAGCGGAGGGAGAUGCUUUUGGUCUUCACUACCAACAUGGCCGCCGUGACGUCACGUAAAAACCAGCAAUAAUUUGGAGUCUGUGAAAGUAUUUAUUACUGAUUUGGGACUAUUGUUUGUGUUUCAGCUCCAAGUCAAAGCAAGAAUGGAGUACGGAGACUCUUCUGUGUAUUUUCCGUUCACAUUCACUCAACAAGAUAUUGAUAACGUGCUUUACGGAUAUAUUCGUACUCCAGAAAAGUCCACUAAUGGUUUUGCACUCUCUGGCAUUUAUGUUGCAUUGGCAAAUGGUAGGUUUGACCACUAGGUAUUUAGUGUAGUUUCUCAAAUAAGCGCCCACGCCCUAAUAGGCCCUUUGGGUCUCAGUUUGGUCCAACAAUAAGGGGGGGCGGCCCUCCUGGGCCCCUCCCCUGGAUUAUUUCAAGUAGGAACAAAUAACACAGAAAACCCAGAAAAGCACUGAUGGACAAACUUUGAAGAAGUAAGCUUAAAACGGUCAUUGCAAUUGUGGUUUUUGAAAACUUGAUAGCCUAACAGUUUUUCAAAGUUCAUUUCUGUCGUUUGUAACGAUUGAUUUCAUGCUCGGGAGACACAUUUGUCUGUCGCGAAGCUGUGAUUUUGUUAUUUACAGGUACUUUCUUCACUAAUGUUGAGUUCCAAAGCGAAUAAGGAGCCAGGUUUGAAACGUGCGGAAAGAGAGUCUAAUAACAACGUUUCCUCCACCGCUAACCGUUAUGUUUCCUGCUUUCUCACCGCGCGCUUUGUCGGGUUUUUAGCGUAAAGUUCCCUAAAGUUCCCUUUUCAGCGCUGACUCUCUUUCCAGGUCCGUUCACUGUGCCCGUGAUGAGAAUGACAGAUCUUCUGAGCAGACUAUGACUCUUAAAUUACUAUCAGUCUAUGUUACUGUUUAUAUUAGUGAGCUCACUUGAACUUAAUAACAGUGUACCGCAGCUAUUUCUCAAUUUACUUCUUGUAUCGUUGCUAAAUGCAUGAGUAUUUACCACUUGCUUUAAUAAUGCUACACAUUCAUAUUAAAAAAUCUAACGUAUUUAUGGACAUUUUUCCCGCAGCUACAUGUAGUUUAUACUCAACGAACUAACGUGUGGUCAUUGAACUACUGGUGUGGUUAUCGAACUAACGAAAAAGCUAUGAGGUGACUGAUAAUUGACCGGUAUUUCUAUUCUUUAUUUAGAACAAUGGAAUCCAUGGCUUCCUAAUGUUUUUAAAGCACAUCACGAACACACCACAGGUCACCAAAUGCCGUACAUGGACAUGAUUCAGGAAGAACGGUGUGUGCAAAACUUACCAGAAAAUCUCAAGAUCAUCGAGACGAUCCUGCCUACUGGGAGGCAUCGAGGGGUGUUUUGCGGUCAGCGGAGAAUAGCAAAAGGAACUCGAUAUGGGCCUUACACUGGAAACAUUGUUCUACCACAGCAAAUAGGCCCUCAUGAAAACAACAGCGUAUGGGAGGUACGUGACUAUGGAAGAUCUAGAGGAGGGGGCCCCCGCCUUAUUUUUGGACUAAAGUGAGGCCCACAGGGCAACCCCUUAUUUUAAGGACUAGAUGAGCGGGGGCCCCAUUUACUAAAAGAUCUUAAUCCGACCUUAAAAUCCAUUUUAACACAGAGCAGGAGACCCUUUAGUAUUUAUUGUGAGGCGAGGGUCAUUUUAAUGUCCUCUGCAUUUACAUCGAAACACAGCGAGGUUCAUCAAACAGAACACGGCCUAAUUCCUUAAAACGAUUUAGAAGUGUCUAUUGGGUGAUGUACCAUCUCACACGAUCAAAAACUCAAAAGCAAAAGUUCCGAAACAUUUUACGCCAGUUAGAAUCCGGCUGCCAUCCACACCUCCUUCAUAGAAGAAAGUCAUUCAGGAAGCCAUUUUUUCACUCUCUUUUUCUUGGUUGCCAUUAAUCACUUCUAAGUGUGAGGAUGCUUAUAUAUUUGUUUAUUUUUACAAAGAGUUCUCUUUUUAAUCAACUGGGUUAGUUUCAAUGUCCGUCUUAUCGUUAUAUUGAAGGUAUUCCAGGAUGGAGAACUGACUCACUACGUUGAUGGAGCAGGAGACCAGAGAAAUUGGAUGAAAUACGUCAACUGCGCAAGACAUGACGGAGAGCAGAACCUGGUUCUAGUUCAAGAGGAUGGAGAAGUGUUUUAUGAAGUGUGCAAAGAAGUGCCAGAGGGAUGCGAGUUAUUGGUCUGGUACGGAGAUACUUAUCUCAAGUAUAUGGGAAUUCCAAUCACUAUGAAGACCAAAUUGUCCAAGAUAGAAAACGAUGGAGGUCUUGGUAAGUACACAUGUUGUUCCGUACAAAAAUCAAUCCCGUCAACCCCCGCGAACUGGACACGGGCUCCACCCAUAACCGCUGAGCCGUGUACCAUUACCAUAAUCAAAAGAGAAAAACUUUCAAUUUUGCUCACAGACGGCAGAGGAGUAACGUGUGUGCUGUCAUCUGGUGGCGCUAUGGCGUGUGUGCAAAUAAUUCAUUGUGAAUUCUUUUCUUUCAAAAAAAUCGUUUUGCUGAAUUAAGUCUUUCGUCUCAAUGUGGCUUACAAAACCUUUUACGUAUAAAACGUUCUUUCAGUAUCAUAAAUAGAGUGGCAGUAGAAAGUGACGCGUACAGCUUUGAGCGCGCGCUAGCUUUCGCCACCAUUCACCCAUGGGUAAAUAGUAAAUGGGUAAUUGACCAAUCAGAGCGCGCGCUUUACUUUUGUUAAGUUAUAAUAAAAUAUUGAACAUGUUUCAAUGUACGUUAUAUUUCCAAUACAGGUGGAGACAGCUUUGCUUGUGACCGUUGUGGCAAAGUGUUUGCUUAUAAGUAUUACCGAGAUAAGCAUUUGAAAUAUACGCGGUGCGUGGAUCAGGGCGACCGAAAGUACCCGUGCCACCUAUGCAACCGCUCCUUUGAGAAGCGAGAUCGUCUGCGCAUUCAUAUUCUGCACGUGCACGAGAAACACAGACCUCAUCAAUGCAGUCAAUGUGGCAAGCGGUUUUCUCAGUCGUCGAGUUUAAACAAACAUUUGCGAGUGCACAGUGGCGAAAGACCUUACAAGUGCCCCUACUGUAUCAAAGCCUUCACGGCGUCAUCGAUUCUGCGCACUCACAUUCGACAACACAGUGGCGAAAAACCAUUUAAAUGUCGCCAUUGUGGAAAAGCUUUCGCAUCUCACGCCGCGCAUGAUAGUCACGUGCGGCGCACUCAUACAAAGGAGAAGCCCUGUAUUUGUGAGUUCUGCGGCAAAGCGUUUGCACAAUCCUACGAGCUCAAAUUUCACAUGAACAUGCAUACGGGAGAGAAACCUUACACUUGCGAAAAGUGUGGCCGAGGUUUUUCAAGUCCUUCAUCCCGCGAUCGCCAUCGAUCGAACUUCGAUUGUACGACUCGGAAAAAUCGAGCACCGAAGAUAAUGCGAAAAGGUUCCGAAGGCAAUGAAGGAGAAUUCAACGAGAUGGACUGUGAUAUCAUCCCUACGGAGGAGGAAGAAGAACUUAAAUUAUAA